AUGUCUGCUCCCUACCCCGGCCGCCAAUCCCCCGAUCCGGAGCGCCAACCCGGCGCCCAGCAGCAGGAUGUCCCCGGCUCUGGCAGAACCGAAGUCGGCAAACACCCGGCACCCCAGUUCUCGCAACAAUCGUCGGAGUACUUUAGGGAUCAUGUGCUGACGAGCAACCCCGAGCACCCGCUAGAGAAGAUUGAGGCGGAGAAGUUCGCUAAGGGAAAACAACAUUGA